AUGAAGGAUAUUCUCGUGAUAUAUGAACAAGAAGCAAAAGAGUGGGCUUUGUAUUUCAAAUCUCUUUUUGGACACGUUGUGAACGAAGAAGGAAUCUUACUCUACAAUAUAGAGACUUCAUCUUUCAAGCAGCAGGAGCUAUUCUCUUUACACUCUUAUAAAUGUAAACUCCUUAUCCUAUCAUGUGGACUUCUUAACUGCCUGAAUCGAAACAGAAGUUAUUUUCUGGAGCGAGUUCUAAAACCUCCAGAUACUGUGGUGAUUCUACUUUGUGGGGUGGAGAACUCGGAGAUACUUUAUGAGACACUGACCUUAGAUAGAGGCAGCAAAGAGAUUUCCACUGAUCAGGAACCUGAGGAAUAUUUCUCUGUUGUUACCGGAAUUAUUCAACCAGGUAAGCCACAGAAUGAAAAUCCAGGAGACUCUUUGUCUUGUAUCUAUGAAGCAGUUAAUGCAUACGAUCACAAGACUAGCUCUGAUGUUAAUUUAUCAGAUGUCAGGAGAGCAUCAGAAAAAACAGACCUCAGUUUUAAAACAGCGAUACUUUCUGAAACAUUAGAAACUAAUGAGCAGUCGAUAUUGGUGCUUCCAGGAAGAAUAUCAUGUGAGAACCCUGGUGAAAUAUUCAUUUUGUUGAAAGAUGAAAUAAAUGAUGAAGCUUUAGAAAUUGAAUUCAUAGCAGAUAAUCAACGAAUUAGGACACAGCCAGCCUCUUGGACUAAGAAGAUCAAGCACAUGAAAGCCUUAGAUUUUCCUGCUGGCCUUGUAUAUGUAAAUGUCUACUGUGGAGGAGUCAUUAAGACCACAGCACAGAUCGAGUACUAUACUGCACUAGAGGAGAUUGAGCACAUUUUAAACAAAGUGGCUGACCCAAUAGCUUUCACUUGUCAGGCUUUAAAAUUUUCUUCUGUGGAGAAGCUGGACAAUCUUCUGACUUUGUUAUUGAAAAGCAAAAUAUCUACUUAUGAAUUCAGCCCAUUCCAAAGUGAAGAGCACCAUCAACAAGCUAAUAGCCAUUUGGAAGAAUUUCCUACUCUCCUUCACUGUGCAGCCCGAUUUGGAUUAAAGAACCUUGCAACAUUUCUACUCAAUUCUCCUGAGGCCACAAAGGCUUGCAAAAUAAUCAACAAAUGUGGAGAGGAUCCAGCAACUGUCGCUGAGAAGCAUGGGCACAGGGAACUAAGAAAAUUAAUCAGAGAAUUCUCAAUUAAUACAGCAGAUAAUUUCACCAAUUGCAAGGUGGAAGUAGAAGAUGAUGACACCUAUGUGGUUAUGCUGGGCUCAGAAACUCAAGCAGCCAUGACAUUAAAAGCCAAGCAGAACCCAGGAGAUCAAUAUGGAAUUGGAUCAAGAUGCCAACAAGAAGCUGAGGUGGGUGAGGAAAAGAAAGAUAAUGUAGAAGACAGCAGAGAGGAGACAGAACAUGAAGAUCAAGAAGAGGAAGAUUCAUACAGCUUUCACAACAGUCCUGACAAUUUGUAUGCCACCAUACCUGAUGAUCUCAAAGAGAACAGAAGAGACUGCUUUUUAUGUAAGAGGCCGCCUCCUCCUCCCCCUCGAAACUUGCCUGGCAUCCCAAGACAGGAUGAUGUAUCACAAGAGAGGAAUUUUGUGGAGGACAGAAGUGAAAGAGGACAUGGUGAUGGACUUAUAACAGCAUGUUACAGAGAAGAUACAUGCGGGGGGGACGACCCGUACACGUUUGUGACACUGGAUGAAUCCGUGUAUGAUUUCGUACUGGCUGAGGCGGAGGAGAAAAGGAAGGAACGCAAGUCUUUUAUUGUGAACAGGCCGCCAGCCCCUGCCCCUCGUCCAGUAUGUUCAGCAGUCAGAGAGGAGGACACUCCCUAUAUAAUGCAAGUGUUUCAGCAAAAGGCCACUCGAGUGCCCAGUGACAGCAACAGAACGUACUGCUAUGCCAGGAAGCCCGCACACAGAGGUCACACUGACACAGUAACUGAUAGCACUGUGCAACACAACAUCCCUACCAAACAGGAAGAACUCAUCCACUUGCAGGAACAGGUGAAAAAGGGGACAAUUUCUGUGGAUGAAGCCCUUGACAGAUUUAAACAGUGGCAGAAGGAAAACCAGAGACUACAGUCCUCUCAACAGGAAAAAGCACACCACCUUAGAGACAGCACUGUUGGAAACAGACUAGAAAAGGAAAAUCUGAAUGUUCCUAAGGAAAGCAGACCAGAAAGCAGUCAUUUUAGAUACUUGUUCCACAUGUCAUUUAAUAAAGCAUCUCCAACUAGGAACCCAACAGACAAGGAGGAGAUGCCUAAUUAACAGAGUGCGAUUUGUCAGUCGGCUGCGCCUCAGUUUCCUCUCCCUGGAAUCCCAAACAUCUCUAAGCCAAAUCCCAACAGACUGAGGCUCCAGCACAUCCUGCUGUGACACAGCUGUGUGAGCAUCGCUGUGCUUCCAGUAUCUUGGAAUCUCUCACCUGGGCCAACUGUGGAAGAAGUCCAGUUUUAUAAAGCAAAUUAAUAAGACAUUUUGUAAAGUCAGCACUGAAUUUUACAUUCUUUUCUUUGCCAAUAUUUUUUUAAGAUGCCAGCUGAGGGUUUACAUAAAGAUAUAUUGUGUGCUUUGGGUAAUUAUUACUAAACUCAUUUCAAUUUUUCCAUAAUGCUUAAGUUGUUUAAAAGUAGACUUUAUGCACCAAAGAGGAAGAUCAUGAAAAGUUAUGAUUAUGAAGUUAUAAUACAUAAAAUUUAGGUUUUCCUUUAAGACAUUUUUGUAUAACCUUUUUAUAUAAAUUUGGUUUUCCUAGGAAUAAUAAUUGUACUCCUUCACUAGUUUAAAUAAUUGCACUCCAAGAAAAGCUAAUUUCUAAAGUCAAACUAUGUAAAUCAGUACUAAUAAUCUACUAAUGCAUUAAAGUGAUUAGAAG